AUUGGUAUAAUCGGAGGAACUGGUAUCGAUAAUCCUGAUAUAUUCGAAGAUAGACAAGAGAAAAAAGUUGAGACUCCAUUUGGGGAUCCUUCAGAUUGUCUUGUGUUAGGAAAGAUCCAAGGUAUAGACUGUGUUCUUCUUGCAAGACAUGGCCGCAAUCAUACCAUCAUGCCAACUGACAUUAACUACCGAGCCAAUAUCCAUGCUCUGAAGCAAGAGGGAUGUACUCAUCUAGUAGUAACGACRGCAUGUGGAUCACUACAGGAACAAUACAAACCAGGYGACAUYGUCUUUCCAGAUCAAUUUAUUGACAGGACAACAAAACGASAGUCAACAUUUUAUGAUGGUAAACCAGGUAGUCCUAAAGGAGUAUGUCAUGUUGCAAUGCAUGAGCCAUACUGUCCAUUAACUAGACAGCGGUCGAAGCGGUUCUCAAAGUUUUCAAGAAGAAUGUUGCCAAUGCUACCAAGAUUCUACUCGAGUGUAUCUCAAGAAUUGCCGAGAAAGACUGGACCGAGAUACUCAAGAAAAAACAGGAUGAUUUAAGCAGCUCCAUCAUGUUGCCAAAGAACUAGACGUCACAGGUCUGAUUUAGAGUAGAGUCUGAUAGAAAAGGACAUGAUUCGUCUCUCCUGAUUGGUAGCAUUGUUUUCUCGUUAUUUCCSCAGAAGACGAAACGUCUGUUGUUAUURGUAAAAGRCCAACACGCAACAUUUCGUGUUGCUGAUAGUACCACGUGACAUGCUGCACGCAUCAUCACAAACUUCAAAGCCGAAGUUCAAUUCUAUACCGCGUGCUUUUCCGCGUUAAUGUUAGAAACAAUUGUUAGAGUUUAAUAAAACMCAACUGUGGAGGCAA